GGAGCAAAGAGAGAAAGGGGGUCUGCAGAGCAGACUUCAUCACAAUCUUUCAAAGAAGAGGGCUGAGCUGAUAGUCUACUCACUAAUCAUAUUCUUCAGAUAUAUAUCGUAUCUCUUAGAUAGUUUAGUUUACAGUCAGUUGCAGAAGAAAUGUCUACCAUCGUUGUAGCACUCCUGGUUUUCCUGACUAUCCAUGGAGCCUCAGGUAUCAGUCCUAGAUGCCAAUGCCUCUUUAAGGAGAAAAGGCCAAUUGGACGUUUCAUAAGCACAGUGGAGAUUUACCCUGCAAACUCCUACUGCAAAAGCACUGAGAUUAUUGCUACUCUCAAGAAGGAGGGGCAAAAGAUUUGUCUGGACCCCAAUGCUCCAUGGGUCAAACAAGUGCUUAAAAGUAAAAAGAUUACGCAGACACCUUGAAGAAUAUACCUUCCCUGAUUUGGCUAAGAUGGACAGAGGAUAGACACAUGGAAAAUAGAAGCACAGACUGCAGUUAUAGAACAUAAACUGGGUUUUGUUUGAAGGUGUAGAAGCAGGAUUGUUUAUACCCGUUUUCACUUUACAGCACUUAACUGUGUUCUCUUAUUAUUGAUGUGAACUAUCUGUGUUUGUAUUUCCUUAAAAAUAUAUCCUUAUAUACAUUACAUGUUCAUUUAUUAAUACAUUGUGGGGAUAAACCUUAUUAACUAACGGUAAGGAGGGACUAGAUAGUGGGCAAUGAGGACAGAG